AUGUGCCCGUCUAAGUGGAUAAUAUUGGAAAAUCCUCCAAAGUGGUCCUCUGAUGCUUGUAGAAAAAAAUUAUUUCGGUUUUUGGGUUAUUAUUCUCGUAAUUUUGCUAAAAAAGUAGAUCAGUCCUGGCCUCAUUCAUCAGUUGACAUAGAAGUUAUAAAAAAAUACAAGUUUGGUAAUUAUGCAAGGAUAAGAGCUUAUGAAGAAAAGGCUGAGAGACUUAAACUUAGGAGCGACCACGGCCUUAUAGAAGUCCAGCGAGAAUUAUUUGCUUUAAAGAAUAGAUUGCAUCCUGACUUAGCCGAAGAAAAAUUAGCUGAAAUUUUUAAAUCAAACUUUGGCUUAUGCUUGCCUUUAGGUAAUCACGCUGUAUCCCUACACGCUGCAGAAUAUUUAAACCAGAAUUACCCUAAUCUUCCUGAGUCGUGCGCCGAAGAUAUUAUAAGUUAUAUUUUUUUACCUGAAACUUUAGAAGCAAUUGCUAAAAAUUUGGGUAUUGAUCGCGUACAGAAACUUUUGACUGCAGACUGCUCCAAAACCACGUUAUCGUCGAUUUUUAUAUCGUUUAUCGGCUUGAUGCAUCUUGAUCUCAGCAAUAAAGAAUCGCGCGAGUUUCUCCAGGCCACAGUAGAUCCCGUGUUGGACCAAAUUAAUCUAAAGGAGCUGAUCAACGUCCCUUCUCCUAUACUAAGCUUUACUAGAACUUUUAAAAAUCCGCAAUUCAGAAUUCUGCGAGAGACUGGAAGAUUAUCUUCAACGUCAGUAUUUUACGUGGGCGCCUUCUCCGAAGGGAAGUGCGUGGGAGAAGGAGUGGCUCGCUCCAUUCGGAUGGCAAAAAAUGCAGCAUCGCAAAAUGCUUUUGUAAAUUUAUUUUUACAGAAGACGCCCUUAAAAAAAAAGAUCUGUUCUCUUCAGGGGUAG